AACCAGCGCGUUCCUGGGCAUUGUUUGUAUCAAAACAUGGAAGACGACAUUUUAUUUUAUAUUUUUCAGACUUCAAAUUUGACUUUAAAUUCAUCUCAAAAUGUUACUUUUAGUUAAAUAUAAUAUAAAUCAUAAAUGAAAAACAUUAUGGAGCAACAAGUUCAUACUCUCGGUACUCAAGACAAAAAGGAUUUUGAGAAAUUUCUGAAGUUYCUUGCUUUGAAGGCAGUACAAGUCAUUGUUCAAUCAAGAAAUGGAGAGAAAAUCCAUACUACAUCUAAACCUCCUGCUGUGAGCCAACACUGGUUCAAUCUGGCAAUUGAGGACAUGCCAGAGAUUACCACAGAGACAAAGAAGAACAUGGAAGGACGAUUACCCUGCAAAGACCAACCAAUGUGUGUAGAGAUAUCACUUGUAACAAGUGAAGGGGAAUCUAUGGUUCUGGAGACAUGGUGUCUUGGAAUGAACAAUAGAAAAGACAGCCAUGCUAAGAUCACAUUCACAGUUUACAACCGUAUGGGGAUGCUACUUAAAUCCCUGGUAUCAGUGACAAGGGUAACACCAGCAUACAGGCUGGCCAGGAAGCAAGGAAUUGACUAUGGAAUACGCUACAGAGUUUAUUUUGGAGAUGUAAGAAUUAAUGAUCUUGGAGAAGGAUUUCAAACCGUACAUGUUGGUUCAGUUGGUACACCAGUAGGGUCAGUGACUCUCUCAGCAGCCUACAGAACAAAUCUCUCAUUGGCUCAAAGGCAAUCCGACAUGCCCGUGAAGACUGACCAUUAUAGCUCUCAAGAGCAGCAGUUCUACGAGCGCGAAGCAUCACGGGACAUACCGAUUCCGUGUGCACCAGGAACGCAGGCUCAGCUACACGUAGGCGAAGGCGUUAGACACGUUGCAGAAGAGAUCGCUAACGCUUCGGAAACGGAAGUGACGUCAUGUGGACGCAUCCAAUCAAAUACUAAUAAUAGAAAUCGUCGUUCGCCGACUCCAUGGAGACAAUCACCCAAUCAAAAGAACGUUACAAAACCGUUCACUAUGGCCAGCGGUCAUCACAGUAAAGGAGCUUUCGCUAGUUCUCCUGUUUCUGCGGAAAUUCCUUCUUUACCAGCUCUUUCGUCAACGCCGCCCUUCGCGUCUUUAUUAAACAAUAGAAACAGCCUUGGUUCAAGACCAGCAACACCGGAUAGUUCUUCAGAAUCAAUGGAUAAUAAACAGCCACCAAACACCGUCACUCCAAGUCUUUGGGGAGGAGAUGAUGGCUUCGUUCUUGUCGAACUUAAGCCAGCCUUCGCUACGCCAUCAAAUGGGGAUGGAGAUCUUGGUAGUUUUUAUCGUCAAUGCCAAAAGCCACCACCGCUGACCUUGUUUGMAGACCGACAAGAACAGACAUUGGACAGUGUCAUG